AGGUAUGUACUGACAUGUUGAAACUAGUUAUUUGUACCAAAUUGUUUAAUAGAUCAAUAUUAUAUGCAAAUAAACACUUUUUCAUUGCCAACAUAUCCAUUUGCAUAAUAUAACCAAUUUUUCAUUGUGAACAUGAUGAUAUUGGGUUGUCUGCAAAAAACGUGUGUGGAAUGAUGGUUCUAAAGCUUGAAUUUCUCAUGUGAUUGUAAAGUUGAGACAAUAUAUGCCAUCUAUGUAUAACUGUCCUAUUUUAUAAGAACUAAAAAUUGAAUCAAGUUCCAAGUAGAAACUGUUGAUGAUACUCCUAGAUUCAAUGUAAUUUACCAAAUACACAGAUGAUGACCUUCAUACAUAACAUAAAAAAACACAUGACAAUUGCCAUUCAUUAUCAAUCUUAGCCACCCUCACUGCUAUUUAUUUCUCAACCGGUAUUUACGCCGCCUCGCUCCGAUAUCCUGUGUUAACCUAACACCAAGCGCUCACCUCAUCCUUCUUCUUCCCAAUAGCAACAUGCAUCACAGCAACAACACGAUUAUCGAACUUUGUACUAUAUCGAAGUCUUCUACCCAUUACCCAAUUACAGCCGUAGCGAUAAGCUGAUCCACGCCACUGAUACGAUUGGUCGGUUCUUAAGAAAAUGUUCAACAUCUUGAACUUUAUCUUAAGAAAUGACCUUGAAUUAAUAAAAUGACCAUAACCUCAAUAUGUUGGAUAUUCGCUCUAGGCUUUCAUCCAGAAACUACUUACUCCAACGUCAUCACCAGGUGCUCCUCUGGCGAUAUUGGAUUGCGUUCUGGUGCCUUCGGUAGAUGUCUCUUCAAUAACGUGAGGAGGUUGUCGUUCAACUGCGGCAUCAUGCGCGUGUACUUGAAGAAUUGCUCCUCGUCCUCCUCCCGCAUGAACUUGACUAACGUAAAAUAAUGCGAAUAUUUUUGCCUCCGCAGCCGAUUCAACGGUAGCACGGCAUAUCGCCGUGGUUGCGGCGUAGCUACUAACGAGGCCGACCAUGAAACCAAUAGUGCUGCCAUUGCCAGUGCGGCUCUUCGUUUAUUUGAUCUACGCAUAAGCAUCUUCAAUUUAUUGCACAAAAAAAAAGUCGAACAUAGCACAACACACCGUAAAGCGGCCCCUAGCCUAUCAAUAUUAUUGCGCAAUAAUAUUGCGCCAUAAUACUGAAACUUGCUCUACAUUUCAGAAUUUAAUUGUGCAAUCUUUAGUUGAAGUUUACCUUUUGAUCAGAAAACAUGCUCACUGAUGAUGAAGAAAGUUGUGUUGCCAUUGCAUUGGCUUUAUGCCUUCAGAAAAAGAAAAAGAAAAAUCGCAGGUGGAUGAAGAGUGGUAUAAAAAAAGAGAUAGGUACACAUGUGAACAUUUAUUGAAUGACCUGAAAAUAUCCGAGGCAAAAGAUUUUUGUAAUUUUCUGCGCAUGGAUGCUGUGAGAUUUAACCAACUGUUGGAAAUGGUAACUCCUGCUAUUGAGAAAAAGAACAAUCAUUUGCGAGAUGCUAUUCCUGCAACUCAGCGUUUGUAAAUCGUUACGGGAAACAGUUUUGAGGAUCUUAAAUUUUCAAGUGCUAUAUCUCCACAGUCCAUUGGCAUAAUUGUGAUAGAAACUUGCACAGCUAUAAUAAAAAGCCUGAAGGAUUACAUAAAGAUUCCAACACAAGCUGAAUGGAAAGUUACUGCAGAAGGAUUUAACAAUCAGUGGAAUUUUCCUAACUGUUUGGGAGCAGUGCACGGGAAGCACGUCGCAAUCAAAAAUCCUCCUAGUUCAGGGUCAUACUUUUAUAAUUAUAAGCACUUCUUUAGUAUCGUACUGAUGGCAGUGGUAAAUUCGAAUUAUGAAUUUAUUAUGGUUGAUGCUGGCAUAAAUGGAAGGAUAUCAGACGGAGGUGUUUUGAACUAUACUGAAUUUGGAAGAGCACUAUCUAACAAAUUACUACAAAAUCCAGAACCACGUGAACUACCGAACAAUUUUUGGAGAAUCGCCCAAUUCCCAGAUGUCAUAGGCGUUAUCGAUUGUACUCAUAUUGCGAUAGUGCCACCCAAAAUAGAUGAUCCAGUUAAUCCAUCAAUAGCAUAUAUUAAUAGAAAAGGGUUUCACAGUGUGAAUGUCCAAGCAAUUUUUGACUCUCAAUUAAUGUUAACCAAUGUGAAUGCUAAGUAUUCUGAAGCAGUCCAUGAUGCUGCAAUAUGGGAUUCCUCAAACAUCCAGACACAUCUCGGACAAAAGUAUGAAGAUGGAAGGAGGAACUGCUACCUACUUGGUGAUUCAGGCUAUCAUCUUCAGCCAUGGCUCAUGACACCAAUCCUAGAGACUAGGCCGAAUACCCCUGAAGAACAAGAGUAUGAAGAUAAUGAUAACUCUGAUGAUAUACUGAAGAGACUAGUGACAGCAGCCAUUUUAAUAUUGCUGCAAUUUCAGGCAAUAAUUUUCUGACAGAGGGCAGGUUCAUCCGCCAGCAACUUCUAAAUCAAUUUUCAAAUGCGAACACAUGAAUUAUAAAGAAUAAUGUUUACAAAAAU